UCUUCCUCCAGAGUUCCAGACUUCUGUAGGAUUCUGCUCUCUCUAUCCCCGUCUUUGUGGACCACUUCGCUAACAAGUAGCCAUGCAGUACAAGAACUUGGGUCGAUCGGGUUUGAAGGUGAGCCAGCUCUCGUAUGGAGCGUGGGUCAGCUUCGGGAAUCAGCUCGAUGUGAAGGAGGCCAAGUCCCUGCUCCAAUGCUGCCGCGACCAUGGCGUCAACUUCUUCGACAAUGCCGAGGUCUACGCCAAUGGCAGAGCCGAGGAGAUCAUGGGUCAGGCUAUUCGCGAAUUGGGGUGGAAGAGGUCUGACAUCGUCGUCUCCACCAAGAUCUUCUGGGGAGGGCAGGGUCCCAACGAUAAGGGUCUGUCUCGCAAGCACAUUGUCGAAGGUACCAAGGCGUCCCUGAAGCGCCUCGAUAUGGAGUAUGUGGAUGUGAUUUAUUGCCACAGGCCUGACACAUCGACGCCGAUCGAGGAGACGGUUAGGGCUAUGAACUAUGUGAUUGAUAAGGGAUGGGCGUUUUAUUGGGGGACUAGUGAAUGGUCCGCGCAGCAGAUCACUGAGGCAUGGGGAGUUGCUGAGAAAUUGGAUUUGGUUGGACCAAUUGUGGAGCAGCCCGAGUACAACUUACUGUCCAGGCACAAGGUUGAAUCUGAGUACCUCCCUCUUUAUAGCAACUAUGGCCUGGGUCUGACCACUUGGAGUCCACUCGCAUCUGGAGUGCUAACAGGAAAAUACAAGAAAGGGGCCAUACCACCGGACAGCCGGUUUGCAUUGGAAAACUACAGGAAUCUGGCAAAUCGAUCACUGGUUGAUGAUGUGCUCAGAAAGGUUGACGGGCUCAAACCAAUAGCUGAUGAACUGGGUGUGCCAUUAGCUCAACUUGGCAUUGCAUGGUGUGCCGCAAAUCCUAAUGUUUCAUCUGUUAUUACUGGAGCUACAAAGGAGUCUCAGAUCCAAGAGAACAUGAAAGCAAUUGAUGUAAUUCCAUUAUUGACACCUGCGGUGAUGGAGAAGAUUGAAGCUGUGGUUCAAACCAAACCAAAGCGCCCCGACUCAUACAGAUGAAUUCAACAUUUUCCUUCUGCCAGAUCAUGAAUUUAUGGUCAUCUCCGGAUGGUACUGUGGAGAAAAUGCUUCCGGAAAUUCUUUGUGGUGGCUGGUGUGAUCCCUUACCGUGAGUUGUUGACAUUCGAUUUCUUUUGUGCUCUUUUGCUUCUCUCAUUCACGUGAGGGGUCAGGUUGUGAUUUAACUUUGCUGAACUGAUUUUGGUGGCAGUAUAAUCCGGGAAUGGGUGCUUAGGACUCUAUUAAUCUUGCGCAUAUAUGGAUUGGAUGUUUUAUUAUGUUAUAUUUGUGACGCUUUUCAAGUCUUCA